UGAAAUUUCUCGAUGUUUACUAUAACGAUGUUGAGGCAUGGCUCGAAUUGGCAUCACUAUACCUGAGUCAGCAUUUGUAUCAACAAGCCGCAUUCUGCCUGGAAGAAUUAAUUCUGCUUCAGCCGCAGAAUCACUUUUACCAUUUGAAGUAUGCUGAAGUGUUAUACACGAGUGACAAUAUCCCAUUGGCAUUGAAGGAAUAUUGUAGGGUCAUUGAGUUGUGUGAUGAUUAUGUGAGAGCAUUAUAUGGAAUUAAACUGUGCACACAUAAAUUGCGUAAUCCAUCAUCACCCGCAUCCUCUUCAAAGAUAACGGGAAACACUGAUUCCCAUACGUUAUCCGUUCUCAACGAAUUAGCAACCGAAAGAUUGCUUCACGUUUACAGUCAUAAAAAAUGCGCAAAGGAUAUAAAAGAUAUCAUUCGAGAAUGGUUGCAGGAUUCCUAA